AUCUACGUAGUCCUCCCUACACCCAGCUCUUCUCUCGACCCGCGAAAGACGUUGUCGCCGACACCUUGUGUCUGUGUGCAAGAGGGAAGACGGAGGAGCGCCAAUCGUGCGCCCUUUGCCUCGCGUUUACGCCCGCCCAAGCCCCUGGCUACUCUGCUACGACGAGAAUGAGACUAGGUUCGGUCCUUUUCGGCCUCUAGCUCGGAUUCGCCCUAGCCUUUGACUGCACCGGUCAGCUACCAACGCCCAAAUAGGGGGGUCCGACAGCACGCUACGGUAUGGAUCAGAUCGAUUUCGACACUGAGAAGUCGCUGCAGUCGGCCCUCGACGCGCGAGCGGCCGCGUCCUCUUCGUCGUCCAAGUCGUCUGGGGACCCGGCUUCGAUCAACCUCUCGCUUCCCACGAGAAAGCGGCUGAUCCGCAAGCCGCUGCCAGACGUGCCCAACCGGUCUGCAUCGGCGUCGGUGACUGGCGGCAAUAGUAACAGUAACAGCAGCAGCACCGCCAACACGCCAACGCUGGGUGAAUUCACCGCCUCGUACACCGAGAUGCAAGGCCGCGGGACACACAGCGACAUACUUGGUCGACACGAUGCACCUCGACAUCAUGCCGCCACGCUCGAGGCUAGUCGAGUCAAGGCUAAAGACCUCGUCGAGAAGCAACGCAUCGAGCUGAGCUGGUGGCCCGACAUGUCGGAGGUAGUCGCCAUCGAUCAGGCUUCGACCUCGUCGACCUCGUCGUCCAGCAAGGGAGGCAUCGUACUCAAUCAGGACUGCCGAAUCCAUCUGGUCAACGUCCUCCAUCACUGCCUGCUCAGCCUUGCAGACGGCCACGAGACGCUGGCGGUGGAGCCAGAGACUCUCGUGGGUCCCCUCGAGGCGUGUAUCGCCACCUUGACAGAGCCGCAGGCGCUGUCUGCGCUCCAGCGAACUGCCUCGGUCUGGUGGCGUGUCGAUGCCCUGGUCCGAUCGAGCGAGCAGCAGUGUGGCAAGGGAGACAACGGCUCUGGCGCGCUAGGUAUGCGAUGGCCCAGACUAGCUUGGCGAGGAGGUCGGUCUGCCGGCGCCGAUGCGUUCGGCGCCGACUCGAGCUUGAUGCCCCCGCCCUCUGUGCCCUCUUCCACCAUGAGAGCUGCCCGUAAGAGGGACGUGGCCAUGCGGCUGCUUAGCAAUGCCUUUUGGAUGGCCGGCGUCGGUAUCGGCGAUGGCGCCGGUCUAGGAAUCGGACUGGAGAUGGCGACGGAGGCUGCGCUGUCGGCCCCUGCAACACCUGUAGCAGCAGCAGCCACCCCGAAGAAGCCCGUCGGUGCAGCGCCCAAUCUUCUCCUGCGCGGAGCGGCCCCGACAGUGGCGCUGAGCAAAGCAGGCGAUGACGAAGAGCAACCCAGGAAGACAGAAGGAGAAGAGGUCAAGGAGGCUGGCGAACAGAAGAAGAGGAGGGAGGAGGAACGGGGGAAGAAGGACGAAGAGAAGAAGGACGAGGGCGCGCAUGCAGACGAGCACUCAACGCUCACCGAGCGGCUGGCCAUGCAGCUGAAGAGCGGGACAAGGCCCGGAAGCAAGUCGACCUCACCCGAUCGUGCAUCGAGGUCAAGCACGCAGAGAGACGCAGAGUCCGAUGUCGAGGAAGCCAAGAUGACGGUGUGUAAGGUCUGUGUCAAUGUGCAUGACAACGGUCUUCUUGGCAAUGCUGGUGGCGAGGGCGGCAGCACCAUCCGAAGGAGGCGUAGCGGCACUGCGACGAUGACGGCCGCCGAGAGACGGCAACUGAAUGCAUCCACCAGGUCCGAUGCAACGCUCAAGUUCAGACCAACGAAUGGACAUGCCAUUGUGGGGCAUGCCAGUGUAUUGUGGCAGCCAAACGAGUUUCACGGCAACGAGCUGUUCCUCAACCCGCUGGCCAGUGACGUGGCCACCAAGAAUGACGACCGUAGCGAUGGGUCCAGGAUCAACUUCCUCGGCGGCACCUUUGACGUGCAAGCCGAUACAAAGGAGCACGCCGACACCAUCGGCACUGUCCUCGACGUGGGUCUAUAUGUAGCAUGCUCGAUGGCAUUGGAGGAAGCGUUUCUGCACGACUGCAGCAUCAGGACCUCACUUCGCGAGGAAGAAUUGCCGCCCAAUUCACCCCCAUUAGGCUCGUUCAACCAGCUCGAAAGCGGAGACAGCAGCGCAGUGCCCGUUAUAAAGGCCCAUGACCAUCUAGAAGGCGAGGGCAUCCACUCCAACGACUUGUCAGAGAGAUCCUACACGCGUUGGUCGAGGGGUUUCUGGAACAUGAUUCAGAGCAGCAAUCCGGCCACCCCAGCCAAAGACGGCGGUCCCGGUAGCCGUCAUUCGGUUGGCUUUCCGCGGACCAGGACGACUGAUUCCGCUUCCAAGGGCUCGGACGGUAGAAAGACCGCAUACACACGCCUGGGCAGAAUGAUCACCUCCUUCGGCGGUUCGCGGAGGCCUGCGACUGCGGAGGGAGACGGAACAAAGUCGCCAGUGGUCUUGGAAGAAGACGAGGAUGAGGAUCAAGAGCUUAUUCGGCAGCGAAGGCAUUCUGAGAGCAACCCAAUGGACAAUGUCAAGACGGCCUCGCUCAGGGGGCCGCCACCGUCAUCGGUCUCGCCGCAUAUCUCUAGGGCGCAAGAGGACGUCAACAAGGGCGCCGAAAGCGCGGACGGUGCGGCCUUCCUUGACAAUUUUCUCGACAGACAGACCUUUGCUCUUCUGGUCGAAGGCCUUGGUGGUCCGCUGGGGUCUUCUGCAGCGUCCAUCGAAGGCAGCAAUUUCAAAGGAAGGCGCAUGGCAACGCCCUCACCUUCGUCCAAGACUAGCUCCACGAGGGAAGGGCCAGAUCCCGGGGUCACGAGCUCAACCUUCUCCGUCGCAUCUUCGCAACGGACUGCAAGCACGGCUGCUUCCAAGUCGACGGCGAACACGACAGCCUCUACAGCGACGAGCGCGACAACAAGGGCGCGCGAAGGUCGCGAAGGCUUCUUCCUGCGCGAAGUAAACUUCUACCAGCAUGGCGGGCCUUCAAGGGAUGUCUCCUUGGGACAGGCCAUUGAGGAGGCGGCUGCGCGGGCCAUGUCCCUGUCUCUCGAGAGUGAAGCAAAGAAGGCCAAGGCGGAACGUGAGAGCAAGAAGGAGGCAUCUGGCACCUCCAAGCGACUCCCCGAGGGAUGCUCGCACAGCGUAGAGGGCUUCAAAGUUGCUCAAUUCGUCCAUGCCUCCGACCGAAUCUCUAUGUUCGCCACCGUGCUACCUCCACCGACGCCACCAAAGAAUCUUGAUGAUCCUGUGAUUGACGGCGAGAAGGGCGUAGAAGAGCAAAAGGCGUCCUCCACGAGCAACGCAAUCGACAUUGCCGACGUGGCAGCCGUCGCAAAAGCACUUCGCACCGAUCACGACACCGCACGUGCUGCUGUUGCUUUGGCUGAGCCAACGGCACAGGGCGAGAAGUCGUCGAGUCGGUCGAUGAUCCACCUCUGGACGGCGAGCAUGCGCACUGGCAACCAGACGACCGUUAUGGAGAUGACCGAUGCCACUUAUCUGCUUUCUUUCGGCAAAUUCUUGGAGGCCAUCGUCAUGCAUCCCAAGCUGUUUGCCAAUGUGAUUCAAUCGGGCGAGCACCUUGUUCUCGGUGGUCAGAUUGGCAUCGACUCCAAGUUCGAUCUAGUCCGACUUUUCAAACUUGGUCGGGUCCUCAUCAAGAUUCAGGUUCAGCCAAUUGCCUUGUUCAACCUGCUCAUCGAGGGUCCUGUCGUCAUAACGCAGAACGACGCUGGCGGUGAGAGGAUGGCACAAAGAGUGGGAAAGGACGAGGAGAGAGGCGAAUCCGAGACGGAAUCUGAGCGAGGCCUGGUCGACGAAGAGGAGCGGCGGGCAAAGAAAAUUCUCAACAGGACUCGUCUCGAGGUCCAACGCUUCUUUGCCAGCAUCAAGGAGCAAAUUUCGUCAUUGGAGCACCUAUUUGUUGCUCGCGAGCUCGACGAGCGUGGAAACACGGUCAAGGCGACGACCAGUAAAGGCACGCCUAUCCAAGGCGAAGACAUGGACGCCUCGUCAAGACCUUUGACCCUCUUGUCAAGGCUCAAGACAUCGCUGCGCGCGGCCGAAUUCGAUCUCUACAGCAGUUUGAAGGAUGCCGACGCUGGCUCGAUCAAUGACGUGCGCAAACUGUUCCUUGACCUCGCAAAGUCAUCUAAGCAGAGGUUGGAAGCUUGGGCUAAAAAGCACUUGACGAAGGAAGAGCUCAGUCGGGUCGGCGCUCUGACCUACUCAGAACCUGACUAUGCCCUUCCGGGCCGUCAUGCCUUCCCGGGCAGCCAUAUCGUGGUGCGAGAAGACGAGCCACUCAGCAUUAUUGCCUUUUCCCUGUCGUCGGCCGAUUUCAGGCAGGAGGUCAAUCUCUACCGACGUCACCAGGAGCCCGAGUCCGCAGAUAAGCGCGCCGAUGUUCUCCAGUGGAGGACCAGCGUAGCGCCCGGCAUGGGAGGUUCGCAGCUGUCUUCUUCAGUCGCCUCUUCUGCGGCGUCUACCAAGUCGUCAACAUCGACUGCUACCUCUGGCGCAACCGCGACAGGUGCCGGCGAGAAAAAGAACGAGCUGGACCCAGACCUCGAUGAGGUAUUCCAUCAGCCUGAGCCCGUCCGGGUGCACAUGAAGCGUAAAAAGCGAACAAGGGAUGCUUCGAUUCUCUCCCUGACGCUCCGUCGGGUCGGCUCAUCUAUCUCGUCACAUUCCGAGUCACGCACCCAUACGCCUGCCACAGAACAAGCACCCUCCAUCGAAAUCGAGGGAGCUGGCGACGAUGACGAGACGGCUUCCUCUGAGAGCACAGCAGGAGAGGCUGAAUUGCCAAGCACUCGGCGGCCUGAAGAAGAGCAUGACAAUAGCUCUACACCUACACCAAGCCGCAUCCUUGGUGGAAGUGGCGGCGGGGGUGUUGGCGGUAGCAGCAGCAGCAGUAACUCGGCUUUUCAACACGAUGGCGAGAUCGCGUCGAUGGCUUCAAAUGACACCUUCAAGGCUCAGAUCACCCAGGUGUCGGGAAAACCGACGGCUUCGUUGAGCAGCCUCUUCACUGCUAGCGACGAAACCAAGGGCGAUUCGCAAACUGCCUCUAGCGUAGAUACCAGCCAGCAGGCGAGCGAGGACGGAGUGUCAAAGGAAAUUUCGCUCUCCAGGGCUGGACUGCCUGAUCAAACAGGCCUCGCCAACGGCAGCUCACUUCAGUCACUAUGGUCGCCCAUGACAGGCUUCGCCUCGCUUCGGAGCGGCCGGCGAGAGCCAGGCGGGCUGCCUGGACCCAUGACGGCAACGAGUCGGAUGGUGUCAGACAGCGUCCUUUUGACGUCAUCAUCUUUGCAGUCUGCAGAUCUACAUGUGCCUUCGUCAGCAGCGUCGGCGUCGGGCUCGGCGCAGCAGGCCCUGCCCAGCAACAGCAGCACACCUCGAGCGGUUUCCGGACCUUCGCCAGCGAGUCCCCACGUCAAGCACAAUCUUUUUCAUGGCAACACCAAGGUUUCUUGCGUCUCGUGGUUCGCAGAGGACUUUGCGGCACUCAGGCAGAAAUGGGGCGUAACUCAAGACUUUGUCGAGAGCCUGAGCCGGUGCAAGAGCUGGAGCGCUGCCGGCGGCAAAUCCAAGAGCGGCUUCUUUAUGACUCUCGACGAGCAGUGGAUUGCAAAGCAGCUCCUUACGGUGUGGAGCGUCGACGAAAAGGAAGCCUUCCUCGAGUUUGCUCCCGCGUACUUGCGCUACAUGAUGAAUUCGGUGCAGAACGAGUGCCCGACGCUCCUGGUCAAGAUUGCCGGCGUGUACAGCAUCAAGAUCAAGGAUGUCAAAACGGGCGAGACGAAGCUCAAGAUGAGCGUCCAGGUGCUUGAAAACGUCUUCGCUGGUGACGACGGUCAGUCAAUCCGCUUUGAUUUGAAGGGCAUCCGGGAGAGGAGAGUAAAGGCCGGAUCCCAGGCGACUGACGAGGACAAGGCGGCUGUGUGGUGGGACGGCGAAUGGAUCGAUAGCUUCCAGUCACGGGCCUACGUACCCGAGCCGUGCAAGGCUCUCUUCAGACGUGCGCUCCAGAAUGAUCUCACAUUCCUGACGGCCUCCAAUGUCAUGGACUAUUCGCUCCUCGUCGGCGUCACUGAGCCAUCGCUCGAAGUGGAAUACUCCUCUGACGAAGCAUCUUCGAAGCAGGGCAAGGCCUCGGCUCUGAAGCGGAAGAGGGAUGAUGGCAACACGUUCCGCUGUCGUCUCGUGGAUUUCCUUGGAGCAUGGACACUUGUCAAGCAGCUCGAGAGCAGCAGCAAAAAGGCGCUCAAGCAACAAGCUCCCACGGUAAUCCCGCCGGCAGACUAUGCAGGACGUUUUGGGGAGGCUCUCGACUCCUAUUUUGUCGCUUGCCCAGGCGCGACAGCCGCGACGACCAGAAACGAUGUGUAGACCACAAGAUACUUUCAUAUUCUCUUCAUUUGUAUUGUAGAAGCGAUAAUUGCAAUGGAUCCGUGUACAUACCC